AACGGCUACUUUGCCUCACAGCUGAUGACGGAAGUAGCCAAAGCGGUCGUUGACACGUCACUGAGGUCAAGCUGGAGGAAAGAUGGCGAGCACCUAUGAGAGUUUCAACUUGCGCACCACACCGGAGAAGUUUUUCAUAGAGCCUUGUGAUGAUGGAUCCGAGGAUGUUCUGACUAUAGACAGGGUGUCGACAGAGAUGACUCUCACAGGUAAAAGGGACAUCCCUGCAUCUGCUGAGACCAAGCCGAUAUGUGGACUCAUGGGGACUAUACGUUUGGUGGCAGGCAUGUACCUGAUUGUUAUCACAAAGAAGAAGAAGGUGGGCGAUUUGCUGGGCCAUGCUGUGUGGAAGGCUCUGGACUUUGAUAUCCUCUCCUAUAAGAAGACAAUACUACACCUGACAGACACUCAGAUGCAAGACAACAAGACAUUCCUGUCCAUGAUCAACAAUGUGCUUCAUACGGACGGCUUCUACUUUGCAACAAACUACGACCUGACCCACUCUCUGCAGCGCCUGGCCAACACCAGCCCCGAGUUUCAGGAGAUGAGCCUUCUGGAGAGGGCAGAUCAGCGCUUCGUCUGGAAUGGCCACCUGUUGAGGGAAUUCAUUGCACAGCCAGAGUUACACAAGUUUGUGUAUCCUGUUGUCCAUGGCUUCAUCAUCAUGAAGUCCAGCUGCAUCAAUGGUAAGGUGUGUGAGUGGACUAUUAUCUCCAGGAGGAGCUGUUUCAGAGCCGGUGUCCGUUACUACGUCCGAGGCAUAGAUUCAGAAGGCCAUCCUGCUAAUUACGUGGAAACGGAGCAGAUCGUACAGUACAACAGUGCCAAGGCGUCAUUUGUUCAGACAAGAGGCUCCAUUCCCUUCUACUGGUCCCAAAGGCCCAAUCUCAAGUACAAGCCAAAACCACAGAUCAGCAAAACAGUGAACCACAUGGAUGGAUUCCAGAGACACUUUGACUCACAGAUUAUUCUCUAUGGAAGACAAGUCAUUUUGAACUUGAUCAAUCAAAAGGGCUCAGAGAAACCACUGGAACUGGCAUUUGGCAAGAUGGUGACCAACUUGGGUAAUGGCAUGAUCAAGUACAUAGCCUUUGACUUCCACAAGGAGUGCAGUCGUAUGAGGUGGCACCGCCUGCAGAUCUUAGUGGACAUGGUUGCUGAAAUGCAGGAUGAAUUUGGAUAUUUCCUGGUGGAUGCAGAUGGGAAGGUGCUGUUGAAUCAGGAGGGGACUUUUCGGAGCAACUGCAUGGACUGUCUGGACCGUACCAAUGUCGUCCAGAGCCUGCUGGCUGAACGCUCGCUGCAGUCACAGCUACGGAGAAUGGGAGUCCUCCACAUGGGCCAGCAGAUUGAAGAGCAGGCAGACUUUAAGAAGAUGUACCAGAAUGCUUGGGCAGACAAUGCUGAUGCGUGCGCCAAGCAGUAUGCUGGUACUGGUGCCUUGAAGACUGACUUCACCAGGACCGGAAAGAGGACUCAGUGGGGGCUGCUGAUGGAUGGCUGGAACUCCAUGAUCCGAUAUUACAAAAACAACUUCUCUGAUGGUUUCAGACAGGACUCAAUUGAUCUGUUCCUGGGGAACUAUGCUGUAGAUGAAACUGAUUGGUCCACCCCACUGCAUGACCCCAAAGACUGGAAGUUUCUGACGUUGCCUAUCGUCAUGGUGGUAGCAUUCUCCAUGUGUAUCAUCUGCCUGCUAAUGGCUGGUGAUACGUGGACUGAGACUCUGGCCUAUGUGUUGUUCUGGGGAACAGCCAGCGUGGUGACGGGCGGCCUCAUCCUCUUUAAUGGACUGGACUUUGUAGAUGCUCCCAAGCUGGUCCAGAAGGAAAAGCUGGACUGAAUGUGUGUGUGUGGAAAGCAGCUAGGCCCUGGUGAGCUCACUACCUCAUCCUCUAGCUCUUCAUCACUUUACACCCAACAUCAGCAUCAGCAGGUCUGGAGCCUUUACUAACAGAGGGUGGAGUGGAGGAGAGGGGUGGUAAGUAGGGCCGGCCUCGUGUACCACGACGGUGGAAAGACAGAGACUGGGAGUGCACGGGCCUGCUGCUGUCCACACUGCAGCUACUGACAUGUGGACAGGUCUGUCUGUCCACAGUUUUACUGGACAAUGAACCUCUGGAGUAUAUUCCUACUGUAUGUGAUUGUUCAUGAUUUCAGAAGAAUGCUGUGGGAUCCCACAUAAAUGUUUGUCCCACUUCAUUCCCCUCAUGGAUGCAUCGGGAUCAGAAUCAAAACAGCUGCUGUGAUAUCACAGUACAGCUGUACUGUUAAUUUGCCUCUUGUCUUUUCUUUUCAUGUCUUUCCAUGUACAGUUGCUCUGUCCUGGGUUAAAUGCUAUCGGUUUCAGAGUCUUCAAGACCAGUAAUGGAUAUGAGACUGUCCUGUUCCAAUGGCCCCAAAGCAUCCGGCCUUCUUUUACCAAAAUUCAAAUUACCCUGCAAGUGUGUUAUUGGAAGUCCUCAGAAUACCAAAUAUCAAUUCAUAACUUGACUUAUGCAUUUGAGCGGUCUUUAUCACUUCAUAUAAAAUAUUAGGUAUAUAUUAGACGGUAUGGUUGGAACUUUUUGAAGUGGAGUUGUAUGGGGUACUUACCCUUAGACAGUGUAUUACAUACAAAGGAUGUCAGUCGGCACUCCCCUACUUUGGAGAAGCAGGCUGGAGUACAACGUGGAAGCUCAGGAAUCGACAGCUGUGGAUGAGUCAGCAACAAAACAUAUUUUAGCCACCUAAAAAAGUCCCACCUUUAAACAAAUCAAUAUCACUUUAAGUCUAUGGUAUGCUGAAAGUAUUUUCAGUGCUUUAUCUUUCCGUCAGACAGUUAGCUUUAUUUCCCCAUCUAUGCUCUCGUCAAAGCCACCAGACUCCAUUGCCAAAAACAGUAAUUUGACCUCAUGAAGCGAGAGAGCUGUUGGUCUACCGCUGCUUUAGUUAGUUUGUUUCUAUUAUUGUGUGACUUUGGUGAAACGAAACUAACCCUUUUAAACACCAAAGUCACACAAUUAACACAAACAAAUUAACUGAUGGAGGCAGCGGGAGACCAGUAGCUCCUGUGCUCAGCAAUGUUAAAUCACUGUAUUUCUCAGUGGAGUCUGGCUUUGAAGAUGGCGAUAGAAUGGCCUCAUUUUUCCGUGGGAAAUCACUGUCUGACAUUAAGUUAAAGCAGUGAAAAUACCCUCAAUAUAGCGUACACUGAAAAUGAUCUUGAUAUUUUAAGGUGGGACUUUUCAUAGGUGGCUAAAAUAUGUUAAAUUGCUGACCCAUCCACAGCAGUAGAAUGCUUAGCUUCCAUGUCAGACACCAGCCUGCUUCUCCAAACUGGGGGCAUGCUGACUGACAUCUACUGUAUGUAACAUAACUGUCUCUGGAUAAGUACCCCAUACAACCCACUUCAAAAAACUUGAACUAUCCCUUUAACAUAUGUUUGUGAUUAUCAUGAGUGUCACUGAUAGUUACCAAUACACAGUGAAAAUCAUGAGGUUGAGCGAUUAGAAGGCCACUGCAGAAUGUAAAUAAUACUGUAGAAGGCAGAAAUGCUUUGUUCCUGUUUGGAGCCUGUUUAACACUACUUGUAGGCUGGUAACAUUUCUCGUCAGUCAAGUGUAUCAUUAACUGACUGGUGUCAUUAGGUGUCACGGAACUUUUAAAUUAGAAUUAGAAUUCUGUGCUAUUUACUUAAUUCUUGCUCUCAGAUGAGUCACUUGUGAGCAGGAAUACAGAGAACAUAUAGUUAAACAGAAUUGUUAACCUUUUAACAUUAACACUUUAGAGGGUGUUAAAGACACCGUUGCUUAACAUUCUAAAUCUGACACAAUAUCAAGUAACUGCAGCAGCAGGAAGUCAAGUUACAGGUUGUUGUUUCAGAGCAUUAGUGGCAGACUGGCAGCUGUCUUUGGUAUUGAGGUGCCAACAUUUACUUAGCUCAUUCCUCCAUAAUAAUAUCAUUAGUUAUUACAUUCAUGUCAUUUUUCCUUGUACCCUCCACACUUUCAUUAAAGAUACAGUUGUGUUGCUAUAUUGGAUGUUGUUUCAGCAGCACCGGUCAGCUGUUUGCUACACAUGGACAAUCUGAUCUAAAUGACUGUGUGAUUUGAUUUGGGAUGGAGAUGCAUGGAUAUACUUAAUAUUUUGCUUGUUAAAUAAUGUUGUUAUUUCUGAAAUUCCUUCAGUGUACAUUGAACAGAAAUUUAAACAUUUUUGCUCCAGUUUUUCACAGGUUUAACUAAAAGAUCUAAAACUUUUUUAUGAACUCGAUAAAUAUGUUUCUCUCAAAUUUUGGUCACAAAUUUCUAAUAAUGUGUGUUAUUGAGCACUUAUCCUUGUCCAAGAUAAUCCAUCCACCUGACAGGUGCGGCAUAUCAAAAUG